AUGUCUGCAAACAAGAUGGAGCAGAGCCUCGACGACAUCCUCAAGGCCUCGAAGACUUCUCGCCGCGGCCGCAGCACUCGCCGUCCUGGCACUGGACGACCUGCCGCCGCUCCCGCUCCUGUAGGCGGUGUUGCGAAGACGACCAAGCAAGGCAAGCAGGCUAAGCCCGCGCCUGCUACUCCCGCCGCUGUCCUGGGCGGCGAGACCAAGAUCAUGGUAUCCAACUUGCCAAGGGACAUUGACCAAGUCCAACUUCAGGACUACUUUGCCUCAGCCAUCAAUGUAGGUCGACCAAAGAAGGUUCUCCUCCAAUACGAUGCUGCUGGCCGUAGCGUUGGCAGCGCAACCAUCAUCUUCAACAAGCACGAACAAGCUGCCAAGGCUACUGCUGCGUUGGAUGGCGUCAAGAUUGACGGACGCCCUGUCCGCGUCGAAAUGCUUGUCAGCGCUAGCGCACUCCCUGCUUCGACGCGCCCUGCUUCGCUAGCGGACCGUGUUACGUAUGUAUCCUCUUUGUGGCGCGGGAAAAGGAAUUUUGGCUAA